UUUCCUCGCUCUCCAGCCGGGGGCGCUGCAGUGGCGUGAGUGUGUGUCUGUCGGCGGGGAGGACAUCUCAGACUCGGGCACUAGUAGGGUGUGGACGCUGGAAGAGCGUCGGUCCGGACUGUCUCAGUCAUCACCUUUGAUCCACUCCAGCUAAAAGCGGUCAUAUAAACAGUGCAGCGCAGACACCAGACACUUGCCCUGUGGCUGCGAAGAGACUGUCCCAUCGCACCCGUCCCGUGGCUGGAUGUUCUGUUAGACCCUCGCCUGUCUUCUUUAGGAUACAGCAGCAUCAGACGCCUCUCCCAGGACGCUCCUGGUAGGGGACGAACGAUUCGGGUAGCGUGAGAGGAGAGAGGGUGCAGAGAUGGAUGACAUCUUCACUCAGUGCCGUGAAGGAAACGCGGUAGCCGUCCGCCUCUGGUUGGACAACACAGAGAAUGACCUAAACCAGGGGGACGAUCACGGGUUCAGUCCGUUGCACUGGGCGUGCCGUGAGGGUCGUUCAGGUGUCGUGGACAUGCUCAUUAUGAGAGGGGCGCGCAUCAAUGUCAUGAACCGCGGAGACGACACACCUCUGCACCUGGCUGCGAGUCACGGCCACCGUGACAUUCUGGCCAAGCUGAUCCAGUGUAAAGCAGAUACCAAUGCGGCAAACGAGCAUGGCAACACCCCUCUCCAUUACGCCUGCUUCUGGGCCCAUGGCCUGGUGGCAGAGGAUCUGGUCAAUAAUGGUGCUCAGGUGAGCAUCUGCAACAAGUAUGGAGAAACUCCACUGGACAAGGCCAAACCACAGCUUGCCACAAAUCUGAAAGAGCUGGCAGAGAAACAGGGACAAAGUCUGACCAAAGUUCCUUUCAAGGACACUUUCUGGAAGGGAACCACUCGAACGCGACCACGUAAUGGCACACUAAACAAACAAGCUGGAAUAGAUUAUAAACAGCUCUCCAUGCUGACCAAGAUCAACGAGAACCACUCUGGGGAGCUGUGGCAAGGCCGUUGGCAGGGCACAGAGAUUGUGGUCAAGAUGCUUCAUGUGCGGGAUUGGACUACAAGAAAGAGCCGUGACUUUAAUGAGGAGUACCCUAAACUAAGAAUCUUCUCCCACCCAAACGUGUUGCCCAUGUUGGGGGCAUGUCAGUCUCCACCCGCCCCUCAUCCAAUCAUAAUUACACACUGGAUGCCCUAUGGCUCCCUCUACAAUGUGCUUCACGAGGGAACCAACUUUGUUGUGGAUCAGACGCAAGCGGUGAAGUUUGCGUUGGAUAUAGCGUGUGGAAUGGCUUUCCUGCACACACUGGAGCCCAUGAUCCCUCGGCAUUAUCUCAACAGCAAGAGCGUCAUGAUUGAUGAAGACAUGACGGCCAGGAUAAGCAUGGCAGAUGUUAAGUUCUCCUUUCAGUGUCCUGGCAGGAUGUACUCUCCCGCAUGGGUGGCACCUGAAGCCCUGCAGAAGAAGCCAGAGGAGAUUAACCGGCGCUCUGCAGACAUGUGGAGUUUUGCAGUGUUGCUCUGGGAGCUUGUCACCAGAGAGGUGCCCUUCGCUGACCUCUCAAACAUGGAAAUUGGCAUGAAGGUGGCACUAGAGGGACUGCGGCCCACCAUCCCACCGGGCAUUUCCCCCCACAUCUGCAAGCUAAUGAAAAUCUGCAUGAACGAGGAUCCUGCCAAGAGGCCCAAAUUCGACAUGAUCGUGCCCAUCCUAGAGAAGAUGCAAGACAAAUGAAACAGCCCUGCUGGAUGACCCCGCAAACACUGGGUUCACAGUAUUGCCUUAAAAUUCACCACUCACCAAAGUGCUCUAUGCCACUGUAGCCCUCUGCUAAAGGAAAAAAGGCUUUGUGGAAGCGCUGUCGAACAUUUUUAAAAGCCACAUUCUCACUAUCGCCUAUAUUCUUAUAUGCAAUCAUUAAAUAAUGACAUGUGUUUGUGCAUAUAUAUGUCCAUCAGUCCUUUUCGUGUUCUCUGGAGUGUUUACAGUACAACACUUUUCUUAAAACCUCUUUUCUUCAGCCAUUAAACAGGAAGUGGUGGCGGCAACGGUCGUUGGAUGCAGUGAAUGUACAGUAAAAUCAGUUUCCAUCUGACCACUCCCACAUUUCAUGCAUCUUUUUGGUCACUCACUUCAUUUCACACCAUUAAAACAACUUCACAGAUAAUUUCAUCAAAACAAUUUGCAAAUGUGUAUGCAACAACCGCUGUUAGUAUUUAAAGCAUCGUGCCAUUGUCUUUCACUGUGCGUUUUCUUUGGAUUGUCCCUGAUAAAAAAAAAAAAAAGUCAGAUAGGUCAAGUUUGCCUGAGAUUUGUUUAAAAGAAGAAAAGAAAAACAGUGCAAUAAUACAAUAGCUAAUGCAAAUUAUGCCUUAAUCAUUUAGAAAUAACCAAAAUAUGAGGUCCCCAUAGUAAUAUCUUGAUUGUACUGUCCCUCUCAUAGCAGGGAGAUACAUAUAAAAACAUGUUAUGUUAAAUUAAGGUACCAUAUGUUCAAAAGAAGAGCCAUUUACAUGUGACAUCAAGUGUGAGAACUCUUUUACCAUAUGCAUCGUGGGUUAUGUCUCUCAUCCUUGCAUCAGAAAUCUACAUAUUUUUACUUGAUCCAUACAAAUGCAUGAUUGCGUCCUCUGUUAUGUAACUAACACUCUUGUAUUCUAAUUUGCAUUGUACAUGUUAAGCAUGUUAUGUCUAAGAGAUAUCUGAGAGAUUUUUAUACUGUAUACAUGUUUUUUUUUUUUCGUGGGCGAUACAUUAGGAAGCCCAUGAGUGCCUUUAUUUUUAUUUUUUGCUUUUCUAAACACUACAUCUGUUUACUUCCUUAUUAUGCUUUCACUGUGUUCCUCUUUUCAGCUAGCCAGUAUGUAAUAGGAAAUCAAGAGGCAAAAACAAGCAUACUUGACAUGCAUAAAUGUAUUUUUUUUUUAUUUCACAGUGUUUAUUUUUACGUUUUGAAAAGCAAACAGCGAUGAUAAUGAAAAAAAGACUGAUUAUCUAACUUAUGCUCACUGUUUUUUGACCGUGAGGUUUUUAAUGAACAUUUAUGAGGCUUUUCUUUAUUCUUUAUUUUGGAGAUUUGGGCUGUUUAUUUUUUAUUCAUGAUAACUAAAGUUUACUAAAGGAAAAUAAGAACAAAUAAAAUGUUUUGGCCAUGCUAAA